GGCCGAGUCAAUCAACUUGGCGGCGUAUUCAUCAAUGGUCGUCCCCUUCCCCAGGCUGUUCGCGUUCAAAUCAUUGAAAUGGCUUCUAAAGGAGUGAAGCCAUGCCAUAUCAGCCGCCAACUGCGAGUUUCUCACGGAGCUGUAUCGAAGAUACUGAAUCGAUAUGCCGAGACAGGAUCGAUCUCCCCGGGACAGGUAGACCCUCGAUUUCCCCUGCUUUUUGAAAAAAUUCGAAUUUGGCGCCUGUUGAAAUCAUCAUCAACAGGGCAGCCGCCCGCAGACAAAGAGUCGCCCGCUGUGCUUGCACUGUGGCGGCAGCUGUCUGCAAGGCGCUUUGGCAGCCGAUAC